AUGGCAGGUCAUUCACACAGGUCAUCAUUAAAAAACGGACACAAAUCUUACAAAUCCAAACAUGCUUCUAAAGGUGCUUUGAAAAGAUUAUACAAGGGGAAAGUGGAAAAAGAACCCGUGGGCACUGGCAAACCAGACAAACAAGUUUCAAAAUUGCAACGUAAAAACAAGGCAAAACAAUUAAGGGCCCAAAGGAUCUUGGAUUCCAUUGAAAACAGGAAAUUAUUCGAAGGAAAAAAUGGCGCUGCCAAAAUCAUUACUAUUGUUCCGUUAGUGAAUGAUUUAGACCCAUUGGACAUUCUUUACAAGCUAUUAAAGUGUGCAGAUGAUGAAGGAAUCAUGGUGCAGGAAGUAGACUCAAAACGUAUAUUUAAUGUUCAUAUAAAGAAGUUUAAAAGCAAUCUUAAAAUCAUAAUUCCAGACAUGACCAAUUUUUUGAACAUUUUAGAUUGCGCUAAAGUAGCAGACUUUGUUGUGUUUGGGCUCAGUGGUGUCCAAGAAGUCGAUGAAGAAUUUGGUGAGCAGAUCAUCCGUGCGUUAGAACUACAAGGUAUUGCUUCAUAUAUCGGUGUCAUAAGCAACCUCUCAGCAGUCCAUGAAAAGGAGAAAUUCCAAUUGGAUGUCAAGCAAUCCUUAGAAAGUUAUUUCAAGCACUUUUUCCCAAGUGAAGAACGUGUUUAUAAUUUGGAAAAAAACUCAGACGCUUUAAACGUCUUGAGAACAUUGUGCCAGAGGCUACCAAGAUCAAUCAAUUGGAGAGACAAUAGAGGUUACGUAGUCGCUGACUUUGUUGAUUUCGUUGAAACCUCUCCCGAUUCUGGUGACCUGGUAAUUGAGGGGACCGUCCGUGGUAUUGGCUUCAACGCCAAUAGACUGGUCCAUAUUCCUGAUUUUGGUGACUUCCAACUGAAUAAGAUAGAAAAAAUCAGUGAAUCUUCGCAGAAAAGGAAAAUAAUAAAGGAAAAAGCUACAGAUAGUCUGAGCUUAGAGCUGGAUUUACAAACAGUUUUCGAAAGUAAUAUGAAUAGAGAUACUUUGGACGAAUAUGCCCCAGAAGGCACGGAAGAUUGGUCAGAUUAUGACGAGGAUUUUGAGUACGACGGUUUGACAACCGCGAGAUACGACGACCAUGGCUUCUUGCCAGGGAGGGAACAAACAUCAAAAAAGGCGGCAGUUCCUAAGGGAACUUCUGACUAUCAAGCGAAGUGGUACUUGGAUGACGUCAUUGACGCAAAUGAGGAAGAAGAGGCAGAACAGACCAAUGGAAAGGAUGAGACAAUGAUGGAAAUUGAUGAUGAAAUGAUGGUGGAGCAAGACAAUGAAGAGGUAGCAGGCGACGAAGAAUAUGACAUAGAGGAUAAUGAAGGAUUUGAAGAGCUUUCACCCGAAGAAGAAGAACGUCAACUGAGGGAAUUUAGAGAUAUGGAAAAGGAGGACAGAGAGUUCCCCGAUGAGAUCGAACUAGAGCCCAGUGAAUCUGCCAUCGAACGUUUGAAAAGGUAUAGAGGUUUGAAAAACUUAUACAACUGUGAUUGGCAAGUUGAUGAAAAGGACCCAUCAUCACCAGCGGAAUGGAAACGUCUAUUAAGGAUUGGCAAUUACAAAAACACUAAAAACAGAAUCAUAAAGGAAACCAAGAAUGAAGCACAGGCCAUUGCAGGUGAUCGUAUUAGGAUGUUCAUCAGGUUUCCUAAGUUUCUGCUUGAAAAGAUUCAAGAUCCUAAACAACUAUUAUUUGCUGUCUACGGAUUACUACUUCAUGAACACAAAAAUGCGGUAGUCAACUUCUCUCUACAAAGAUGGGAACAAUAUGACAAACCUGUGCCUUCUCAGGAGCCUAUCGUAGUACAAUACGGUGUUAGAAGAUACACUAUUCAACCUCUAUUUUCUCAAGGCUCUAACAGUCCUAAUAAUGUUCACAAGUAUGAAAGGUUUCUGCAUCCAGAUACAGUAUCAGUUGCCACAUGUAUUGCUCCCGUAGAUUUCACCCAGUCACCUGCAAUUUUUUUCAAGCCAUCACCAACAGAUGCCAAAAAUAUUGAAUUGAUUGGUCACGGUACAUUCCUGAAUGCAGACCAUUCAAGAAUAUUAGCAAAGAGAGCCAUUUUGACCGGUCAUCCAUUCAGAUUCCACAAAACUGUGGUUACUGUACGUUACAUGUUUUUCAGACCAGAAGAUGUGGAAUGGUUCAAGUCUAUCCCACUGUUCACCAAAUCAGGUAGGUCAGGUUUCAUUAAAGAAAGUUUGGGUACGCAUGGUUAUUUCAAGGCUACAUUUGAUGGUAAAUUAUCUGCGCAGGAUGUUGUUGCUAUGUCCUUGUACAAACGUAUGUGGCCCAUGCCUUCGUUACCUUGGAAUGGUAUGUAA